AUGGUAACCAACAAGACACUCAUCUUCGCCAAAGCGGCUGUAGGCCAGCCAGUAGCAGGAGAGAACAUCGUCUUGGUUGACCGGCCACUAGACUUGGACGAGGUGCCCCCAGGUGGAUUUGUGGCUCGCAUACUCUACUCGUCCUUUGAUCCGUACCUCAGACAUAAGUUGGUGGCAGUCGAUGAGGCUCGGGAGUUUACGCCGUUCGAAAUCAAUUCUGCUAUCGUCAAUGGAGCCAUACUCGAAGUAUUAAAGGCCGACAAGUCAUCAGAAUUCAAAGCCGGCGAUAAAUUGACGGGUAUGGCACCUAUUGCCGAGUACGCAAGUGUUCAAGAAGAGGAAGCGAAGCAAUUCAAAUUGCUUCAUAAUCCGUACAACUUUGACCUCCAUCUCUUUUUAGGCCCAUUGGGUUUGCCCGGCAUCACAGCAUAUUCUGCUUUUUACGAGAUCGCCAAGCCGCAGAAGGGGGAGACGAUUUUCAUAUCAGCGGCCAGUGGUGCUGUCGGACAAAUUGUCGGACAACUGGCAUUACGAGAAGGACUCACCGUGAUAGGAAGUGUUGGGAGCGACGAGAAGCUCGACAUCAUCAAGAAUAAGUUCGGCUUUCAGAGGGGAUUCAACUACCGAAAGGUCAAGAUCGUGGAGGAACUGAAGCGCCUGGCCCCUCAAGGGAUUGAUAGUAUCCUUGCGGUCUAUUAUGACAAUGUUGGUGGUGAGCAGCUCGAAGCAGCGAUCGAAGUCUUGAAGGACUGGGGACGAAUCGUUGCUUGCGGUGCCGCGUCCCAAUACAGCAUCCCCUAUGACAAGCAGUACGGCAUCAGGAAUACCGGAGUGAUCGUAUCCAAGCGGAUCACCUGGCGUGGUUUCACGGUUUUCGACGAGGACUUCUGGAUCAAGUACGGCGAGGAACAUCAGAAGAACGCCCAGGAUUGGAUCAAGGACGGGUCCCUGAAACCGGUCAUGAGCGUGAUAAAGGGCAUUGACAAUGCGGCAGAAGGACUAGUCAGCCUGUUCAAGGGAGAGAAUGUUGGCAAAGCCGUCCUCGAAAUCAGCGCAUGA